AAAUACAGAGCUUAAAAGAGAGGGAAGCAGAAAUAAACUUACCCUGUGAGAUCUGCAAACAUGUCUGGAAAACCAGUUUGUGUUGCUGAUUAUGAAGAGUAUGCUAAAAAAGUUCUUCCAAAAUCAGUGUAUGAUUAUUACCGAUCAGGAGCAGAUAACCAAGAAACAUUAGCAGAUAACCUAGCAGCAUUUUCAAGAUGGAAGCUGUACCCCCGGAUGCUCAGGGACGUGUCUGUAAUGGACCUGUCAACCUCUGUCUUUGGGCAGAAAAUCAGCAUGCCAGUCUGUGUUGGAGCAACUGCUAUGCAGUGCAUGGCUCACAUUGAGGGAGAGACCGCUACCGCUAAAGCUUGCCAGGCAAUGGGGAUAGGAAUGAUGCUGAGCUCCUGGGCCACCUCCUCCAUUGAAGAGGUUGCUGAGGCAGCUCCCGCUGGCCUUCACUGGCUGCAGCUUUACAUAUACAAGGACCGGGAGGUCACCAAAUCCCUGGUGAAGCGUGCGGAGAGAGCAGGCUACAAAGGGAUCUUCGUGACAGUGGACACGCCGUUCCUUGGCAGGCGCAUCGACGACACGCGCAACAAGUUCCAGCUUCCUCCGCACCUCAGAUUAAAAAAUUUUUCAAGUGAUGAUUUGGCCUUCUCUGGGAAAGACUUUGGAGAAAAUAGCGGACUGGCCGCGUAUGUAGCCGAGGUGAUUGAUGCAAGCCUCAAAUGGGAGGACAUUAAAUGGCUUCGAGGUCUGACUUCACUGCCCAUUGUUGCAAAAGGAAUCCUCAGAGCUGAUGAUGCUAAAGAGGCUGUGAAGAAUGGGGUAAAUGGGAUCCUGGUGUCAAAUCAUGGAGCACGACAGCUGGAUGGGGUUCCUGCAACUAUCGAUGUCUUGCCUGAAAUCGUUGAGGCUGUAGAGGGGAAGGUGGAGGUGUUCCUAGAUGGUGGUGUAAGAAAAGGCACAGAUGUUCUCAAAGCAUUAGCUCUUGGAGCCAAAGCAGUAUUCAUCGGAAGGCCUCUCAUAUGGGGCUUGGUUUAUCAAGGGAAAGAAGGAGCCAAGGAAGUUCUCCAGAUGCUGAAGGAAGAGUUUCGCCUGGCAAUGGCACUGACGGGAUGUCGGAGUGUGGAAGAAAUUGACAGGACGCUGAUACGAAGGGAUCAAGUAUUGGUUUCCAAGAUUUAGGACUGAAGACUAUCGCCUCAGCUGUUGCCUAUUGUAUAGAAGUGUGUCACUGGACAAAAAGCAACUGCCUUCACUCUUUGGGCUUCUUCCUGCAAUCCUUACUGAGAAGGGCUGGCUGGUCAUUCUUUAUGAGAUCAUUUGUUCAAGUAGUACUUGAAACACGUUUGACAGGUGUUCCCGUAUACUGCUAGGCUCUCCUGGAAAGCUCCCUGUACUGGGAGUUAUGAUUAGAGAUGGGCCCUUAUACUAGACCAACACAGAAACUCGGAGGUGUUUUCUACCUAAUUAUGUGUAUACAAGUGCUAAUAUUAAGUUGCAUGCCUUGAAGUAACUUUGUUGUUAAAAUGAAACUAUAAACAGAAAUGUUUUGAUAGCAAACAACUAUCAAAAGGCAGAAUUUUGAAAUUCAAAGGAUACUUUUUGUUCACUGUUUAGAGAAACUAUGCUUUAGAUCAUAGAGAUUAAAUACUGCUUUCCUAUUUACCUAGUAUAAUUUCCCUACUGACUAUAUACUAUUCCUUUAUACAGUGUAGUCUUGUAGUUGAGUAAGGAGCUCAGGGGACUUUUAGCUGUAAAGAACUGAAAAACAAAGCAAAAUUGGAGAAGUUACAUAUGUGUACCAGAUACAGGUCAGAUCCUUGGCUGGUGCAAAUCCUUGUAGCCUGAUUGCCUUCCACAAACUAUGCUGACUGCACCCAGCUGGAGUCUUGAGUCCAAUUUUUCACUUGGGCUCAUUUGUUGACAGUGUUUUAGAUUAUUUCUUGGAUAAGUCUGUGGUGUAACAAUGGGCACUUACUGCAUCUCUAUCCUUGUCCUGAAUUUAUAGGCAGAGGUUGGCUAUUGAUCCCCACACUUCAAAAGACGGGAGCGUGUUUCUUGCUUCCUGCUUUCUGUGGAUAGAGAAAUUCAGGUGCCAGAAGGUCCCAAGUGAUGUGUUAUGAAUGUAAGUAAAAUGGAGUUUGUGCCUUUCCUGCCCUCUGCUUUCUGAUGUACAAAGAAAGCUUAAAAUGGCUAGUUUCUCCUUGAGAUUGGCUUUUAUUUUUGGAAUACUAGAAAUGAUAGAAGAUGCAUGUUGGCAAUACCUCUCACUGAUUAGAAGCUGGUUCUGAUAUAAUGCAGCCACGUGGACUUUGUCAAGCGCCUGAAAGGCCGUUACGGGUCUGUCUAUAAGUAAAUCCCCAGAGGCACCAGGCCCUUUCUGGGCCCUUGCUAGUGUGCAUCCUGAAUCUCACAUGCCAGAGUUCCUUCUGGGAGCAGAGCAAGCAGCAUCUGGCUAACUGGUGGCUUGAAUCUCUGAAAUGAAGGGGUCUUUCUAAGGACCAUGGGCCUUAACAGAGCCUCAUAUGAUUAACCCAUUCUCAAAUAAAAAGCACCAUAUUCACGAAGAACCACCACGAAUCAAGCUGUGGUGCAGUUCUGCAGAACUUCGGUUGCCUUACAGUAACUGCCUGCACGUUUUCUCAGUGGUGUUUUAAUUGAGGAGUAAUAGCACUUUUAUUCUGGGGCAGGCAGGGCAGAGCAGCUGAUGAACUGUAAGUUUAUGCCUGUCACCCUUUUGUUCAUGUAGCCACAAGCUCAAGAGGACCAUUUGGUCCUUCAGAACCACAGCCAGCUCUCUAUUUCUGUGGUGAUGAGAGGCUAAGUAAAUUUCAGGAGGGAAAAACCUAGACAACAGAAGGACCAUCAGGUGCUGUGGUGUGUGAAGUGCAGAGAUAUUAUAAUGGCUCCAGGAUUAGUGCAGGCCCAGCAAGGCCUAUGGGCAUCAUAUCCUUAGCCAAGGCCAGCAAGUCCUGCUGGAUGUGUGGAGCUACUUACAGACCAAUGAGGAGUGCUCUUAACUCCAGAAAUACAGUGGAGAGGCACUCAACUAGUUCCUGUAUAUAGCUAGCCUGAGUCUGGCAGGGAUAUUUAGAUAGGGUGCAGAAGUAUGUGAGUGCAUCUCCAGCUUUUCCAGACCAGGACUGCAUAUGAGCAGCGUUGUGCCUAAGGCCUGCCAUACCCUGCGACUUUCCAGGCACUUGCCAUGCAGCUAUGGCACAUCACGUGUGCAACUGGACUACCUGCUCAAGGGCAACUGAACGCUGACUCUAUGGAGGAGUUUGUAGGAUCUGCAGCCAUGGACAAAAGAGAAAUUUGAAUAAUUGAGGUAUUAACCCAUGACUUGGGAAGGCAGUACUAAAAGCAACCUAGUGGCUCCAUGUAGUUUUCCUGAAUACCCUUUAGACAGGUAAAGCUUAGUAUUAAUCACUCUGUUUAUGAUGAGGAUACAGAGGGGUACAGGUUCUCUUCCUCUUCUCUGAACAAUCCAAACAUCCAAUGAAUCCAGGAGAAAUUUUGCAACUGUACAGAAUAUAGGAGUAGCUUUAUAGUGUUAAGUGAUCUGUCCUGGAGUGAGCAGGCAGAGGAGGUAAGACUCUACUAAUUUCAUCCUGGGUAAAACUAAGGGUGGCUCUUCAUCAUCUCACUUCCAUUGCAGUUAAUGUCGCUAGGAGCUGGGAGAGACCACUGCAGAAAUCUUUUGAAAACCUUAUUCUGGAAAUUUAGUGUUAAUUUUUAAGGAAGAUUUCAAAAAAAAAAAAAAAAAAAAAGUCUUAAUUUCACUGUUCCAGGGAGUUUUACUGUUGAUAGAAACUGGGACAGGUUCAGGCCCUCCUCCACUAGUUGUUUCCUAUCACUACAUCCUGAUUCUCCCUUUUUGCUCUGUUUGAGAUAUCCCUUACUGAGCCUUAGAGGCGGCUUUGUAAUAAAAUGAUGGAAUAUUACAAUAUGAACUAAAGCUGGGGCUGGAACUCAAAACAGGGAGAAAACCCAAAAGGCCAAAUGCUUGCCCUUCGGUUGUAAAAUUUGUACUCUUAUUUACUGCAGAAUGUAGUGUGUUGUGCGAGGGUUGCAUAGCAACAAAAUAAAGUUUAUCUGUGUAAGGAAAUAUGAA